AUCCACUGAAUAACCAACAUGCCUCAAAUCUACAACACACAAUCUUUGUAAAUCUACAAGUAUGUCUAAACUUCAAAAUGAGGCUGAUAGCAUCCCUAUAUGACGCUCUAAUACGUCCCUCUCUCCCUCUUUCGUGUACAGGUAUCACACAAUGUAUCAAGUCAUGUGAUCGCCUUGCUGCUCAAGAACAAAUAUUUGUCAAACUAAAGAUGCUGCUGGAAGUCAUUGUGCGUGCACCAGCUCAAGAAAGAGGAGGGGGAGGGGGCCAGGACGGCUCGCCUAGCCAAGGUGGCAACGUAGGACGAAGAAGACCACUGCUGCAUUUUGCUCCCCCAGGCUUUACAGAGGCCGUCGUUAAGCUAAUAUCGCAGCUCAUGGUGACAACCAAAGACGCUCCCAAUCCUAGACUUCAGUAUCAUCUGUCUGAUCUUCUCUCACCGAAGCUUGUGAUAAAGGACACCAUUUUCCCAAAGAUUCUUCUUCCCCUCUGUAUCCACCUUGGCCUCAGAGAGGAUCUGGAGAGGCUCCCAGAGCAGGACCUAGAGUUUCUCCUCCAGCUGCUCGACAAGAAAGUCGAGAACAUUCUGAAGUUGAGUCGUCCUCCUCUCCAUCCAAGCCAUUUCAUGGACCUGUCUCGUACCGAGAUCCCAGCCGACAUGUUCUGCAGAGCCAUCAAGGUGUUCUGCUGUGCAUUCUCCGAGUCUUUCAGACUCAUGGACUGGUCAGGGGUGGCUCAGUGGAUCAUGUCUCUCUCACUCAGGAGACUAGAGGGUCUGCGGCCGAGCAAGCCUCACGAGUCAGAUGAGAAAACUGGAUCUUCUUCGUCUCUUCUUAGUUCAACUAGCAGUCGAUCCUCGCGUCACACCUCCGUUUCAGGUCAGUCUAAUUUUGACUCCUACCUUGCCUAUUACAAGGCACUCUUGACUCACGUGUACGAGGGUCUUCUCUGUGUCCAUCACAUCCCUCUCUUCUCCUUUAUUUGGCCACUCCUGGGACAGCUUGAGUCACUGCUAAGUGAAGUUGAAAGGAGUGUCAAGGUGGAGAGUCCAGUGCAGCUGCAGGCCUUCAGAAACUGCAUAGACAAGUGCCAGUCUCUGAGGAGACAUGGGCAGAGCCAAACUGCCAGGAGCAAGAACGACCUCCUCACCAGCUACAAAGAUGAACUGAAGUCUCCGAGUUCACACAGCAAGUUCAAACGAGCCUCAACCAUCUUAGAGCACUCGCGUCCUCCAAGACACCCGAAAAGAAGGCUCUCGUACCAACACUCUCUCCCCAGCAUUGGGGAAGAGGGUGGCACGGGGAAUGCGAGGAAAGGAAAAAAGCGUUCGGAUGCACGGCCAAACUUUCUGAAGUUUUCCAAUCCUUCACCGGAGGAGAGUAGAAGCAAGAGGACAGUGGUGGUAAUGAAAGGUGAGGAUUUGAAGAAGCGGCCAGCCCGUGCCUCAGCAGGUGAAACAUCUGCUAAGGGAAGUGUCUCGUCCACUGACGGUGUCACUGCUUCGAAGCGAACUUCUCAAACCUCUACUAGCUUCCAACCAAAAAGAACUGCAGGUAGAAAGACCGUAGGCAGUCAGCAACCUGCUCUCUCUCCACUAACUAGCCCACCAGUUGAGGCCUCACCUAGACGAGUACGAAAGGCUAGAAAGCCGCCGGCAGAGAAACAAUCAAGGAAUCCUCCUCUUUCACAGUUGAGGGAUGACAGCAAGUUCACUAGUUCAGAGUUCCAAGCAGACGUUGAAGAUUUUGAUGCCGUCAGCCCAAUGGAGGAAAGAAAAACAGAGGGGUGCAUUGUGACCGCCAAUGAGAUGGCUCUUACUCCUAAGUCACAUGCAACGGUCACUAUUGAAGCAGAGGUACACUUGGAAUCGGGCGAGAGGCACAAACUAGACACUAAAGAGGCGUCAAUUACUUCCGUGUCAUCUUUGAUUCUCCCCCCACCACCAUCCCCACGACCCUCCUCUCGCUCUGCCUCACCUAUUUCUUCUCCCUCCCUUACCAUCCGCCACUUCCCACCCCUCACCCUCUCCCCUCCUCACAAGUCCCACUCCCCACGCACUUCCCCUCUCCCCAACAAUACUACCACCACUGCUGCCAUCCCUGCAAGCGACUCCUACGCACAUGAUGGCUCGAACGAUCUCCUAAUCCCUCGAGAGAGAGCAGAUUCUAGUCCCCCUCCUCCCUCACGUGAUUCCCUUCACGAUUCUUCUCCCUGCGAGACUGAAACUGACACGGACACUCUGCUUCCUCGAUCCACUAGCAGUAACUCUGGCGGGUCUCUCCCUCGUGGCAAGGCUCUUUCCCCCAACUCACCAACCUCCUCCAGGAGAAAGCUCUCCUCUGUGAGACCAGGGAGCGGCAAGGCUAAGAGUGGCUCUGUUCUUCUCAAUGCUCAUGGCCUGGCUGAAGACUCUGAUUGCUAAACUCUGCUGAUAUCCAAUUCUACCACCAGACUAUAAUGUUGUAAAAUUAUAAUACUGAACUUGUAUAGUGAUGCAUCAAAGGUGGCAUGCAGGGCAUGUACCACUAAUUUCAGAAUGAAGUU